GGCGAGGGUGAAGGCGUCUUGGACGCCGACGGGGGUGGCGUCGGCAUUGGCGACGCCGAGGUUGCUUAGCCCUAGCGGAUCCAUGGGGACGCCGAUGAAGAGGGUGGUGGUGAGUCUUCGAGGGUAUUUGGAAGAAGUCGGUCAUCUCACGCGGCUCAAUCCGCAGGAUGCUUGGCUUCCUAUCACUGAAUCGCGUAAUGGCAAUGCUCUUUACGCUGCGUUUCAUAAUCUCAAUGCUGGGAUCGGCUUCCAGGCUCUUGUUCUUCCCGUCGCCUUCGCCUUCCUCGGCUGGAGUUGGGGGAUAAUAUCUCUGAUGAUAGCCUACCUCUGGCAACUCUACACUCUCUGGAUACUCGUUAAUCUCCAUGAAGCUGUUCCAGGAAGAAGAUACAACAGAUAUGUGGAGCUUGCGCAGGCUGCUUUUGGCGAAAGAUUAGGCGUGUGGCUUGCUCUGUUCCCAACAGUUUAUCUGUCAGCAGGGACUGCUACAGCUCUGAUUCUGGUCGGCGGAGAAACCAUGAAACUAUUCUUCCAGAUUGUCUGUGGAACACUCUGCACCUCAAAUCCAUUAACCACUGUUGAGUGGUACCUGGUUUUUACUUCCCUAAGCAUCGUUCUAUCCCAACUUCCGAACCUGAACUCCAUUGCCGGCCUCUCACUCAUCGGUGCAGUAACAGCUUUAACUUACACAACCAUGGCAUGGGUCCUUUCUGUGAGCCAAACAAGACCAGCUUCCAUAUCUUACGAACCCCUCCGAUCGAAUUCCCUCGCUGCAUCCAGUUUUUCGGUCUUGAAUUCGCUUGGCAUCGUUGCAUUUGCUUUCAGAGGCCAUAAUCUUGCCUUGGAGAUUCAGGCAACGAUGCCGUCGACAUUCAAGCACCCGGCUCAUGUGCCCAUGUGGAGAGGAGCCAAAGUUGCUUAUCUUCUUAUUGCUAUGUGUCUGUUCCCUGUCGCCAUUGGGGGUUUCUGGGCCUAUGGAAACCUUAUGCCUGCAGGAGGGAUUCUAAAUGGACUAUAUACAUUUCACAACCAUGAUAUUCCUGGAGCCCUUCUUGCGACUGCAUUCCUAUUAGUCGUCUUGAACUGUCUCAGCAGCUUCCAGAUAUACUCCAUGCCCGUAUUCGACAGCUUUGAAGCAGGAUACACGAGCCGAACAAAUCGUCCCUGUUCGAUCUGGGUUCGAUCCGGUUUUCGGAUCUUCUACGGCUUCAUCUCGUUCUUCAUCGGCGUGGCAUUCCCUUUUCUAUCGAGUAUCGCCGGACUUCUCGGCGGCCUCACACUUCCGGUAACCUUCGCCUAUCCCUGCUUCAUGUGGGCUCUGAUAAAGAAACCUCAGAGGUUCAGUUUUAUAUGGUAUUUGAAUUGGAGUCUUGGGGUGCUUGGAAUAGGUUUCAGCCUGGCUUUCUCUGCUGGGGGGGUGUGGAGUAUGAUUAACACUGGUCUCAAGCUUAAGUUCUUUAAACCUAACUGAGCUUUGGUUUUGGAUUGGAUAUAAUUAAUAUUCAGAUUGUGUAAAGUAUGGUUGAUUUGGGAAAUAAUGAGGGUUUAAUUUGCUAAUCCAUUCUGAUUUUCUAUGUGCUAAUUACACAUGAACAUAGAAUGGAUUGUUAAGUGUGUUGGUUUUAUUCUAAUUGUUAUUUUUGUUGUGGAAGUCAGUAUCAGUUAGGAAGGAGCAUAGGAGAAAUGGUACAUGUGUUUUCAUGAUGAGAUUUGGGAGAGGGAGAGGUUAUGGGGGCGGGAUUGGCUCUUGCACUCUUUGGUC